AUGACCAACGUCAGGGCAGAUGAUAGCGGAGAUAUCUCCAAUAAUCCACCCAACAAGAACAACUCCGGAAAAUGGAGAGCCUCCAUUUUUAUUUUCGUAUAUCAAUUUUUGGAGAAGUUGGCAUUCUACGGUGUCAGCACUAACCUUGUUCAGUUCUUCAACAAAACCCUAAACCAAACAUCUGCCAAUGCCGCCAACAGUGUGACAAAUUGGUAUGGUACAUGUUUUCUCACACCACUAAUAGGAGCAUUUUUGGCUGAUGCUUAUUGGGGCCAAUACUGGACCAUUAUCAUCUUCACCGCCAUUUAUGUCAUGGGCAUAACAAUAUUGUUGAUGUGUGUUGUCUUUCCGGCACUAAAACCAUCAUGUGACUCGACCACACGUCAAUGCCACCCAACUGAAUUACAGACUGUUGUGGCAAAUAUUUCUUUGUACUUGGUGGCUCUAGGUUCUGGGGCAACUAGGCCAUGUGUCUCUUCAUUUGGGGGCGACCAGUUCGAUGACAAGAAACAACGUAGCUCUUUCUUCAAUUGGUCAUUUAUGAUACAAAAUGUAGGAAUGAUGAUUAGCACAUCUAUGGUGGUAUGGCUUGAGACCAACGUCAGCUGGGCAUGGGGCUUCGGUGUUUCGGCCGCUGCUAUGGCUAUAGCACUAGGGUUUUUUUCAUUCGGAACUCGACUAUAUCGACUACAACAACCCGAAGGGAGUCCCCUGACAAAAAUGUGUCAGGUUAUAAUUGCAUCGAUUCGGAAAUAUGAUGUUGUACUUCCUUGUGACCAAUCAAAUCUCUACGAGCUUAGCCACAUUGAAGAAGAAGGUGAAAACGAUAUUGUUCAAGCAACAAAAAAGCUUAAACACACAGACCAAUUAAGGUUCUUUGACAAAUCGGCCGUUGAGACUCAAAUUGACAAAACAUCCAAGGGUUUAGCAAACCCUUGGAGGCUUUGCACGGUCACUCAAGUGGAGGAGUUUAAGUGCAUUAUUCGACUUCUUCCUGUAUGGGCUUCUGGAUUAAUGUUUGCUACCGUCUUAAGCCAAAUAUAUGCAAUAUUUAUUCUACAGGGUAACAAGAUGGACCCUCAUUUGACGAUCUUCAACCGAAACUUGAAGGUACCAUCGGCGUCACUAUUGGUCUUCAAUGCUCUAGGAGUCAUUGUGGCAGCUCCAAUAUACGAUUGGGUUAUUGUCCCUACCGCAAAAAAACUUACUAGACACGAACAAGGAUUCACCCAGCUACAACGAGUAGGAAUAGGGCUCGCCAUCUCUGCCAUUGCAAUAGUCAUUGCUGGAAUCUUGGAGCAUCUUCGGCUAAACAUUGUGAGGAAGCAUAACUACUACGAUGUUGAAUUUGCACCCGUGUCGAUUUUCUGGCAAGUCCCUCAGUACUUCUUGGUCGGGUUCGCUGAGAUUUUUACCUUGGUGGGACAAAUCGAGUUUUUUUACGACCAAGCACCAUAUUCUUUGAGGAACUUGUGUUCAGCAUUGUCACUCACGACUUUAGCCUUGGGAAAUUUUUUAAGUAGUUUUGUUGUCAUUUUUGUGACCAAAGUGACAACUCAAAAUAGGAGCUUGGGUUGGAUUCCUGAUAAUAUUAAUAGGGGACAUCUCGAUUACUACUAUAGUCUACUGACUCUCCUCGCCAUGGUUAAUUGUAUUGUGUUUGUCUGGGUCGCUAGCUACUAUAGGUACAAGGGAGGGUAUUACUGAUAUAGUAAUACUUUUAGUUUU